AGUACCAUUACAGUAUAAGGUUCUUGUUUAAGAAUGUGGAGCGUUUUUGUGUCGAGAUAUUUUAAUCAGCUAGUUCAUGGUCGUUGUUUCUCAUAUAAACAACUAACGAAACUAUUUUAUGGAGUGUGAUCGUUUUUGAUUGAUUCCUAAAUCGGGUCGUUCUGAGUGCGCGACAGAGUCUGAUACAAUGUCCAGUUGUGUUGUUUUUCAUUCUCAGUUAACUUCCAUCUUGGAGGUUCUAACUAAAGCUGCAGUGACAGAGAUUUGCCAGCUUGUAGACGAUGGAUAUGCGGUUUUACGGGUGGAAAUAUCUCGGAGUGAGAAAGAGAACCAAUCCUUGAAACGGAAACUGCAGAUGCUCGAGCUGAUGGUUGCGCGGGGAUAUGCCGAAGCUGGACUGCGAGAGACUUCUGCUGCAAAUAGUAGACCAGAUGGAGCCCAGGCUUUUGAUGGAUCCAGAGGAACAGAAAGGGAGAAUAAUUUUGCAGCUGCAGAACGAGCCUUUGGCAGUCAGCUGGGCAUCAGUCUGUGGAGAGAUGGAGAGCCCACAGCUGUGGAUGAAGAGGACACCUCAUUGGCAUCUCCCUUGAGAGAUGAGUGUACAGUGGACAUGGAUGAGGGAGGAUCACAAUCACUGCUCAUAAAAGAAGAGACGUUUGAAGAGGACUUGGAGAGCAGUCAUCCACAAGAAGCUGUGGAGUCUGAUCAUGUUGAAAGGGCUCCCAUUGCAGAACUACAGACUGCACCUCCAGUAGGCAAAGACCAGCUCACUGAGCAGCACAGCACCAGACACAGCGUUUGGGACGACAGUGGACUGGACACUGUUCUCAAGGCAGAACCAGAGAUAAAGACUGUAAACCUUGAGCGUACAGGAGCUGAAAACAGAGCAGGAAGAUUAAACAUUUUGGACUAUGAGGACAUAAUGCAGGAGAGAUCCGCUCAAAUGCCUUUCACUGCAGAUGGGAUCUCAGAUAAGGACAAGGAGGAAGCGGCUUGCUCUUACCCUGUGGAAAGUGACACGGAGAACCUUUCGGUUCACUCGGAGCUGCUUUCUGGGAAGAGUCUGUCCUCCCUAGGGUCACUGGACAUGAAAAGGGAGGAUGACACAAUUGACUCUGAGCUGCUGAAAGUGGAAGCUGAGAUGCGUUCUGCGUGGAGCAAAGAGAUCAUGUCAGGAGUCAUUUCUUCACAACACAGCUACUAUGGCAAAGACUGGGAGAGCGAUGAGCUACUGCUUGAAAGUGACACCAACGUAUGUCCCUCACAACCCGAAAUGGUGGUUCAGGACAACACAGCAGACCUCAGAUCCAAUGCCUUGGGCAUGAAUGGAUGGGCCCCAUACGACAAAAGCUCUGUUUCAUCAAGAAUCUCUGAGAAUAACUCUACAAGUGCAAGAGAAGAACAGUUUAUUUGCACAUGCUGUGGAAAGACUUUCAGUUGCCAGAAUGUUUUUGAAGCACAUCAGAGAACUCAUGUGGCGGAGAAACCGUUUAAUUGUUCGCAGUGUGGGAAAAGGUUUGCUCAAUUGAGUAAUCUCAUAACACACCGAAGGGUUCACACGGGGGAGAAACCUUACAGCUGCACACACUGUGGGAAGCAGUUUGCUCAGUCACGCUAUCUUGUAACGCAUCUCAGGAUCCAUACAGGAGAGAAACCGUUCAGCUGCACACAGUGCGGAAAACGGUUUGCGCAGUCCAACAAUCUUGUACGACACCAGAGCGUUCACACUGGAAAGAAGCCCUUCAGGUGCUCACAGUGUGGGAAGAGUUUCACAACGUCAAGUCACCGUAAAAGACACGAAAGUGUUCACAGUGGAGGUAGACCAUACGCUUGCACAUUGUAAAUAAACGUUCCAUAAUGACAGACCUAGGGAUGUGAACAAUUUGAUUGAUUGUCAGUCACCAGCACACACGUCAAUAGUUUAAUAAACGAUGAUUUUCGUUUUUCGUUCAAAAUAGAAUAUUACCAAAUCUUACCUAGCCUACUGCUGUAAAUGAGCGAUAGCAGGGAUGGGCAGGGUUUGUCAUUCACUUUACUGAUGAUUAGUUGAAAAGAUGGGCAGCUCGCAAAAGAUUACUAUGUGAAAUGAUUUUGAAAAGCUCAACAAAACACUGUUCGCUGGAAAUUGUGCGUUGACAAAUUCACAUAUUCGUCAACAGCUAAACAUUAAAUCACCUAAACACCAAACAUCCAAGGGAUCAUACCUAAUUAGCAUCUUAACUUCCUAGAGACCUCGUCAGUGUGACAAAUUUCCAGCUGAAAAUAUUACAGAGUUAAUCGCUUCCUGUAAGCAUUAUAGCUUCCUGUUGGCAUUUGUUGAGCCCAAAUAGGCUACUCCUGUGCGAUAUACUGUUCAUAUGCGAAAAAACAUCACAACUCGACUUGAAUGUAGUGAAACAGCGACCUCUGUCCAUCCAAGGCCAACAAUGUUGCGAUAACCAACUAUGCGUGGACACUACUAACUACUGAGUCUUAUGUGAAUGCAACUUCCUUAAGGGUAUGUUAAUGUGUUAAUUGCCCUUUUCAGACAUCAACUAGUUGAAGGUAAGAAAUGUGUAUUGUUCACAUUCCUUGACUGAACAUGAGCAACUUACCGUCUCUUUCUUUCAGAAGAGUUGUAUGUAUAAGUGUGGCUUCAUUGUUAUAUCAGCUCUAUUUACCCUGUGACACUGCCUUUUAAGACAGCAGAAUGCUCACUCUUCAGAGUUAGAAGUGACAAGCAAACCAUUCAGGUGCACACAUUGUUUGUGCACAAUAUACCAAUGUAACAAACAUUUAGUAAGCAUAUUACUACAGGGCAUGAACUUUCUGUGGUGGGGGAUAGGGCGGGAUGGACUGUAUAUUGUGAUUAAAUGUCCAAAGUAUUUUACUGUUGCCCUGUGAAGAGUUGCUUUUUAAUUUAAGGACAUUACUUAACACUAGCAUGCAUGCUUGAAGUUGAGUUAGGUUGGGUCUCUGAAAGUGACUACCUUCAUACACUGGAUUAGGUAUUUCUGCUUCAGAUUCAAACUGAAUAGAUCUCAAGAUUAUUUGCGAUGUAAAGUAGGCUAAAUGUUUGACGAUGGGUGCUGCUGCCCAAAUGUGUAAUACUGUAAAACUUCCAAUAAUGGAUCUAGAAAAUGAUGCAUGGGGUGGCAAAAGGGUUGCAGGGUGAAAUUUAGAAGUGGCAUGAUCAACGUUCUAAAUUCAUACACUGGCUACCGUUGAUACAAUAUCAACUUGUGAUUGCAUAAACUGAGAUGUAUGACAAGGAAGGAACAUUUGUUUUACAUCACAUCUUUUAGUUAGAUCAACACUGAGCUAGCUAACCAGUUUGCUGUUAAUAUGUGUAAUAUCUAUUAAAUGUAGCAAGUGUCCAUAAAGUAUGUUAUGCUAUGUAGUCAGGCUGUGUUGGCUUCCAUUCCAUCACAUAGUCAUUCAAUUGAAUGAAAUUCAAGUUGCAUUCUCUAGCGGACCAACAACUGAUAGAACUAGACAAAAUAACAAACACUAUUAUUGUGAUCAAUUACAUGAAAUGCAAGCUUAUUUCAACCUUUUUGUCAGAUUUGUAUUAGUUAAGUAUGUGUAUGCCACUUUGCGGGAAGGCAGAGGUGCAUCCAUUUUUUUGUGGGAAGGGGAAACAAUAAAAAUUGGAAAAUAUUAUAACAUUCUUUAUCAUACUCUUUUAAAUAAUAAUAAUACUUUUAUAUUGGUUCAGUGAUCUUCAAUCCUUGUCCUGGAGAGCCACAGGUGUCUUGGACAGCAGAAACAUUUAGCAGUGAAAAUACUGUCAAAAAUACAAUUUAUUUUAUUUUUAUUAGAACAGGUUUCAGCAUAGGGAAAUAUGUGCUUCUUGUGAUUAAGACCAGAGACUAAUGUCCCCUACAAUGAACAGAAAUUAAUUGCUGGGUUUCAGGAGGUUAUGGCUAUGUGGACCUGUAUGCGAUAGCUUUGCCUCACCCCACCUGGCCUUAAUUGGUGACCAGCCUUUAUUUACAUAUUAUACACAAACUGAACUGCCCAGCUAUAAUUGAGAUCUGACCACAAUUUGAGACCUGGUUUUUAUUGGAAGUUUUAUAGUAUACAGUGUUGUAAUCCACUUUUUUCCUCUAAAAUGUUUCAUUUAGAAGUUAUGAUCAUUGUCACUAGUAAGGUUGUCUUUGGAACACUUUUAAUCAGUGUAGUGUCACAUGUUGUUCACAAUAUGUAUUGCACUCCAAAACACAAUUGUUUAGUGUUUGGGGGAAAUGAGUAAUAAAUUACAUUUGUAAAAUAAAACCAAUUAUUGAAAAAAACCAAA